GUCACCGACUGCGCGCGCUCCGCAUUCGUGACGCGCAUUCUGCAGGAGUGUCGCGUCUUUGCAGGUGAUGCGAGAUUACUACACUUCCACAUACUGAAGAUUCACCUCAGUGGGCAGUGAUACUAUCGCUUUAACUGACAUAUGCACGGGCAUAUUACUCAAACUCGAUACUGAGGCGAAAGGCAGCUGCUAUGGAGACUGAGCGCGCAUCAGUGCCUGUGAGGACGGUAAACACGCGCGGGUGUGCCUCGAUGUGUCUUCUGUAGGGAAAAAAGCGACCGUGGCUUUCUCUUCUGAAGGAUGGGCUACUCAGAUCCGACAGCUAGUAGAGAUCUGCUAGGAAACAGGUCCCUCUGUUUUAUUUUCAUAUGUGCUUUUGGACUGGUCACCUUAUUGCAGCAAAUCCUCUAUGGCAAGAACUACAUUAAAAGUGGGCAACAGUUUUCCCGCCUCAAAGGAGAGGAGGUGGGCAACUGGAGCGGGCUCAUUAGUUACCCCGAUGAUGGAGGGAUGAAGCCGGCCAGAAAUGGGAGGAAAAGAUGUGUCCGUCAGAAUUUUCUGCACUCUGAGGCUCAGAACUCCGUAGUUAUCACGCCCUGCCUAGCAGAUAUUCAGAAGAAAAAAAAAGAAAAGCAAAGGUAUCUGGAACGCUCCGAAGGCUCUUUGGAGUUCAACUCCACUUCCUGCAAGGAACUACGGCAAGAAAUCACAGAUGUGAAAGUACUGACCAUGGUAAAGACAUCAGAGCUGUUUGAGCGAUGGAGGAACCUGCAGGUUUGUAAGUGGGAGCAAAACAAGGAGGAGACGGAUAAUUUCAAAAUGUCUCUGUCACGUUGCUGCAAUGCCCCCUCCUUCCUGUUUACCACGAAGAGAAACACUCCCUCGGGCACUAAACUGCGUUACGAGGUGGAUACGAGUGGACUCUUGCACAUCAGCCCGGAGAUUUUUAAAAUGUUCCCUGAUGACAUGCCCUAUUCCAAAUCCCAGUUUAAGAAAUGUGCUGUCAUCGGGAACGGCGGUAUCAUCAAAAACAGCAAGUGUGGACGAGAGAUUGAUGCCACUGACUUUGUCUUCCGAUGUAAUAUUCCUCCAAUCUCAGAUAUGUACAGUAAAGAUGUGGGAUCUAAGACUGAUCUUGUAACAAUAAAUCCCAGCAUUAUAACUGAGAGGUUUCAAAAGUUGGAGAAAUGGAGGAAGCCAUUUUAUGACGUUCUCCAGAAUUACGAGAACUCUUCGUUGGUUUUGCCAGCGUUUUAUAACACGCGGAACACCGACGUGUCAUUCCGUGUGAAGUACAUGCUGGACGACUUCGAGUCCCCCCGCGGCGUGUUCUUCUUCCACCCGCAGUACCUGAUGAACGUACAGCGCUUCUGGGCCGUGCAGGGCGUGCGUGCCAAACGCCUCAGCAGCGGCCUGAUGCUGGUCACCGCUGCGAUGGAGUUAUGCGAAGAAGUGCAUCUCUACGGCUUCUGGGCGUUUCCCAUGAAUCCCUCUGGAAUCUUCAUUACGCACCAUUACUAUGACAACGUCAAGCCCCGCCCCGGAUUCCACGCCAUGCCGUAUGAGAUCUUUAACUUCAUGCACAUGCACGCUCGCGGCAUUGUGCACGUGCACACAGGCCCCUGCAGGUGAAACGGACAAGGGUUGGCGCCGAACGUGCGAUCUGAUUGGUUCGUUUUGUAGAGCUCCUCCCAUUUACUGGCGCUACGGAACUUAGACUUACGCAUGUCUACUUGCGUGUGUGCAAAUCGCUGCCUUAAAGGCCAGGCGUUUUAUUAACGUGUUUUUACAAAAUCAUGUCAGGACGGUUGCAAAGUGGUAUGUGUUUCCUGUUUGGUGAUUUUCUGUAGUGGUGUCGUGUUUGUGUAUCCGAACAGAUGUCACGUUUGAAACUUUGUGAGGAGGCUUCAUGCGCCAAACAAUAUCGCGACAAACAUUUUGUUUCUACGGUUUCUUUUUCUGCAGAAUAGCCCCGCCCACAGUGAAAUCUCAUUGGUCCUAAAUCCCAGUCCACUCAAUUGUAUAUUACCAUAAAAUAUAUUCAAUUUGGCUGAGAUUGUGUCAUGUUGCACCUGGUUAAGACACCUCAUAUGAGUCCUAACACUGUUUUAAGAGCAAGUUUAACAUUCAUUAAUAACCACAUCAGUGCAUAAAGUAGACUGAGUUUGACAUGACGUUAAGUAUUUCAGUUGAAACAUGUAUGUUUCAUACAUGUAUUAUAUAUAAUGGUAAAUGCUUGUACAUGUUUAGCGCAGGGUCUGAAGUCAUGUUUGAUCAUUUUCAUGAUACACAACUUUUUAUGUUGAGGAAUGUUUUUGCAGUCCAUUAUUUUUUCUCUCCCUCUGUCUCUCUCACACACACAAUCUGUGAUUGAGGUUUUAGUGUCUUUUAAAUCGACUGAUCAUGUUUAUAAUGCUGAACUUUAUAUACUUUGUUUUCAGAUUCUUGUAAUAUGAUAUUGUGAUAACAACAGUGUGAACUUAUCACUUUACCAAGAAAUCAACUUUUUAAUAUCUAUUGAGAUCUUGAUUUCAUGAAGCUUGAAGACAUCUUAAAGGCAUCUAUCUAUCUAUCUAUCUAUCUAUCUAUCUAUCUAUCUAUCUAUCUAUCUCUCUCUCACCACUGAUUUCUUAAACUGCACAGCAAUAUCUGUUAUUCUAUUUUUACUUUUUAUUAUUUAUGCAAUUUUUAUUUUCAUUUUUUCCAUAUUUAUCGUGUAUUGUUUUUUGUCGUCAGUUAACCUACCAUUGUUUUGGUAACACAUAUGUACAGUUAUUUGUCAAGCCAAUAAAGCACACAGAUCUGCUUCUCUUAAAAA